AUGGGUGACGUCACAUAUAGUAUUGACGUAAAAACUGGAGAUAGACUUUUCAGCGGAACUGACGCUAACGUUUACAUAAAACUGCACUGCAACAAUGGUGAUUCUACGGAAGAAAAACUCCUGGAUUGCAUGUUUAGAAAUGAUCUUGAAACUGGUCAACUGGACAAUUUUGAUUUCAAGCGCCAGAAAAAUUUGUCGUCUGUCGAUUUCAUAGAAUUUUGGCGGGACGACGCCGGUAUCCUUGAUGACUGGUACGUUGACUACAUCAAGGUUACAAAAAUGACGUCUGCAAAGGAGUUAUACGAGUUCCCUCUGUUUAGAUGGAUAAAAGCCGGUACGAAAUAUAAGAUUGUUAACUAUGAUACCAAUUUACCGCAAACAGAACCGUACACAGACCAAAGAAAGAUGGAAUUAGAGGACAAAAGACAAAAGUAUGAACUUGGGCCCCAUUUUGAAGGAGCACCUAGUCAGGUAUGA